GUGACUUGUGCACCAGGCGCCCUUUACCCUAGCUUCUUCGUUUUUUAAAUAUUUAUCUUAGUUGCCGGUUCCGUCGCCUAUCUCUGCUGUCUCAAGGUGGGAUCACUGUACACAUGCUCACCAUAUCAAGCUAGCGUAACUAAGGUUAAACUUACCUCAGCACGUCCCCGCCCUCCGAAGUUUAGCGCGGACAUGGCGGCUCCUCGUCGCCAGGCCGCUCAAGGCCUAGACAAAAUCCCAUCCAAUAAGAAGGAAUGGCAUGAAGCGAUACAAAAGUAUGGCCUUCAACAGCGCACCCUCGAACAACUGUGCAUGGAAGGGAGUUUCUCUGCAUCAACUGUUUCAAAAGAAGCAUUCCUUACCAUCCGCUGUAUUUGGCCUGAGAAGAAGAGGCCCAAAGAUGCCUCCACGUAUAUUGCCAAUCUAGAGUAUUUCUUCAAUGAAGACCAUUCCGAUGAUGCCACGAAACUUAUUCACAGAAACAUCCUUGGACUCGAUAAGCUGAAGACCUUGUAUCUCAUUAUAUGCAAUCCAAAGGAACCCCGCAAGCGAACUCCUCCCGAAUAUUUUGGCACACUUGCGGAUGGGCUAGGCCCGUUCUCGAUGCUAGUUAAUGUGUACAACCAACUUCUGGAUAGAUCAAUUCAGGCCCCGAUCAAUGAACGCCCAUUGGGCGGGGCUCCCAAAAGAAUUAGAUUCUACGACGCUACGCGGCCCUCAGCAGUUGUAGAUUCUACAAGUCCAACUCGCCAGACCUUUCUCUCAGAGGAGUUCAGAAUGGGGGAUAUUGAGAUGACAGACGUCGGAUAUCAGCCGAUAGCCCGUUGUCCUACUCAUGCGCGUCCUCCUGCUGCGACUUCGGUUAUAGAACCAACAGAUAAGGAACCACCUCGUCGAACCCCAACUGAGACUCUCGUUGCGGAUUUUAUGGUCACUCUUCUUGGGGGCCUAGCAAGUCUUGUGCAGGCUCUAAACCCCAGGCCCCUCUGCAUUGCAAACUCCUUUGAGACGACCUAUACAUUCGGCCCUGUCCGUAAUACUUCUCAACAAGUCGACGUUACGUUCCGAGCCCGUAUUGAUGGGAGCAUCCCAUUCAGUCUAUCUCUGGCUGGCAUGCCACGUGAAGUCGCGAUAUUCGAAGCAAAACGUGCUGCGCGUGGGGAGAGCGGAGGUAGCAUCCCUGUUUUGGCCCAAUGGAGCAUGUCGCCUACAUAUGGAAACGCCAUGAAGAUGACCCGACGGCGAUACCAACCCCUUAUCCUUGCAUGCCCCUUUAACUGGUGA